CUUGCAUUCAGUGAACUGAUUUCAGUUUGAAGCCCGCUGGCCAACCUGCUGUUGCUUUGCUACGAUUCUGACUUCAGGUGUCCAACUUCGCCAUAAGCAUGUCUGCGGACUACAACGGCACUUGGGACAUUGUCAGCAACGAUAACUUUGAAGGUUACAUGGUAGCGCUGGGAAUUGACUUUGCCACACGCAAAAUCGCAGGAGUACUGAAGCCGCAGAAGGUCAUAGAGCAGGACGGGGACUGCUUUAUCAUUAAAACAUACAGCACCUUCAGGAACUACACAUGCUCCUUCAAGAUUGGGGAGGAAUAUGAGGAGGUGACCAAAGGACUGGACAACAGGAAGUGCCAGACAGUGGUGAACUGGGACAAUGGCAGACUGGUGUGUGUGCAGAGGGGAGAGAAGAAAAACCGAGGCUGGACGCAUUGGAUAGAGGAAGACAAGCUCCACCUGGAACUUCGCUGUGAGAAGCAAGUCUGCAAGCAAGUUUACAAAAGGAGUUCUUGAGCGCAUGGUCUUUAUGCCAAUUUUAGUCUGGGGCUUUAAAUAGCAGCGCAGCACAUAAUUCAAGUACACUAAGGAUAUAUAAUUGGAUAUAAACCCAUCACCCUGUAAGAUAAUGGCGAGUAAAAUAUGAAGGUUAAUAUUGUGUUAUCUCAGCAUUAGACUGCCCAGUCUCUGGGUAAUUGUUGCUGUUGCUAUUUUAUCUAGGGAAACUAGAAACAAAUGUAUUUUCUUUGUAAUAUGUGACAUUCCUCUCAGCGGAUACUAACCACAGAUACUAUUCACUGCAUUUGCAUGCUGGAAAAUAUAGCAAUCAACUGUGAUAUUUACACAUUGCCCUUUCAAAUCUGUCAUGUUUCAAACUCAUAAGUAAAAAAAUAAAUGUAUUUCCUUUU